AUGUUUAAAGUGGAAAUCCAGCGCACCAUAGUCCAAUGCGUUUCCCUGGAAUUGGUUUCAAACCCACAAGAAUUCCAAAGCAGAAUUUGCACGCACGACCAUUGUAAAUGGAUUAUGGAAGUGAUUGGGUGUGGUCUUACGCUUCCCGUCGAUGACCACAAAACUAUUGCGCAUUGUAUUUCUAUCUACGAGGAAUGGUUUGUCAAAUUGCAGUACGUCCCACCCAUUCUCGAAGAGACCCGAGCACAUUACGACAGAGUUGCGAUGACCCAAUUGACCAAUUUGUUGUACCAACGAAGUGGCAGUGCUGAAAGUUUGAAUGGAUAUGCUGAAUUGUGUCUUCGAGCCGUUUCCAUUUUAAGAGCGAUAGGGACAAGAUAUAAGCCUGGGAGUGACAUGUCACGGCAAUUGGUGUGCUGUUUGUUAGGGUGUAUGCACGAUGUUUGUGGUAAGCAACACGUCAACUCUCAGAGUUUUGUGAUCAACUACAUUGCAGACAAACUGAUUCACGCCGUGUAUGAGGUCUGGUUGAACUACGGAGAAGCUGAUGAAGAGCUUUGGGCGGUUUUCCGAGAAUGUCACCGGAUCUGGGCGAAGACGAAAGAGGUAGCAUUAGCGUGGGUCGAUAUCACUUUAAAGCUCCAAAAAGCGUUUUUGACUGCUGUGGAAAACAAGCAGCAAGCCGUCGACUUGGUCAUUUCAACUGAGAAAGUCCAAAUUAAUAUCAACUUCAAGUUACCAUAUUUCUUGAAGACAUGGCUGAGGUUCAUCCAUUUAUGUGGCUCUCCUGCACAAUUACAAGACGCAGCUGUUGUGUUGGUUAUAACUGAUGGCAUUUCACUGUUUGUGAAGAACAUGAUCGAGUCGAACAAAGACGGCAGAUAUGCGUCUGCUGCCGACGGUAAUGCCAUCAUCAAGUUAUUUGGCGAGCCACUUGCACAGGUGGUUUUGUGCCUUGAUCACAUCCGGUACGAACUUGCAGUGAAUGUUGCAGUGACGACAAUUGGGACUGUUUUCAGAGUCACAAAUUUCAGAACAACUUUUAGAGCAGAAAAUCUCUCGGUGUUGUACCAAAUCAUGUCGUCCGCCAUUUUGUCGCCAAACGGAAAGAUCAUCUUCUCUGCUAUUAAAAUCAUGACACAACUCAUUUUGUUGUCGUUCCCAUCACAAGAAGUUAUGUACCCAUCCAUUCUUAAGGCUGCCAGUCGAAUUGGUAAUAUGGUGGAUCCGGGAAGCAAAGACACUCGUACGUGCUGCAUCGAGUUACUUGGACUCAUCCACUUAUCGUUCUCCAAACAACGUAAUGAACUCUCUUGCCACGAGUUACUGACAGACAACGUAUUUGCAUUCUCCAAUUUCUCAAAGACAUUCUUCUCCAUCUGUGAAGUCUUCUUGCAGACGGAAACAAACCCACUCAACUUGAGAGACUUGUUUGUGUUGCUUUCAAGGUAUUUCAAUGAUGUUGUACCAAGAGAAGGUGCUGGUGUUGUGGAGCAAUUUGUUCCGAUCUUACAGAAGUCCAUCCAACAAUUUGUUGGUGUGUUAGUCGAAAAACGCCUUCACGAGAGUUUCACGGAGAUGAUGCGUGUGUUGAAGUCUGUUUUGGUAGAAAUUGGGGAGUAUAACAUUCUCAUUGAGUUACUGAUGAUCCUCCACGGCUUCAUAGAAACAUAUUACAAAUCGAGUCCAAUCAUUGACGACUUCUUGCAAGUGUAUUCCAUCUAUUUUGGCGCUUGCUACGCUCACAUUUCACAAGACAUAUUGAUGAAGGUGAUCGGAUUGUGUGGGCAGAUUUGCGCUUGGUUCAAUGACGCUUCCAAAAGAAGCGCGCUUGAAAAUUACACAUUUGCGCAGUCCCUCUUGUCAUCAAUUGAUGUCGAUGUGAUUGAUCACUUCGAAGAGAUGAACGAGGCUAUCAUAAUGAACGCAUACAACGCUCAUCAAAUAACGUCAUUUGAUGAAUACAUGAAAAUCUUUGUCUUUAAGGAUCAGGCAGUCAUCACCGUCGCCGAACUCCCAUGGGAUAUCGGACAAGCUGUUGUUAUCGUGAGAACAAAAUACGGCAAAGUGUCACGUAAGGUAUUUUUGACACAUGACAACACCAAGAAAGUGGCCAUUGCACCCGCUUUGAAAUGCAAUGGCGAUGACAUUGAAGACGAAGAAGGACAGGGUGUCACUUGGCUUGAGGAAUUUAACACUGUGUCUCUCCACGACAUCGCCUAUGCAGAAAAGUCCACUACUUUUGUCCCGACAAUCCAAAAGAAUGAAGGAGUCUUGACCGCCAAAAUGGUCCAAGAUGCUAAGUUUGCAUGCAAAGCUGUUAUUUCAAAAACAUUACUUGGUGCGCUUGGAUUACUUGAUUUGUCUGGAGAGAGGCUUCACCCACUUAGCUUGAGCGACGACUUGAUCACGUCACUUUUGGAACUUGAUGUCCUCCCAACACGCAAUUUGAUUGGUGUCACAAUCAUAUAUGGCCCAGACUCAUCAUCACCAAGCCCAAUAUACAACUCCGUCAUUCGUGGCUUGGGACAUGUUGUUGACCCAACCGUUCAUAAAGGGUUCAGUGGAUUGUAUGCAGAAACGGACCAGAAGUUUGUCUAUUAUUCCAAUGAAGAAGCGGAAAUGGUGUUCCACAUUAAUACCCUUGGUGGGAUGAAUGAGGAAGAAGCAGUUGAUGCCGAUAACAUUGUGGUCUUUUGGAACUCAAGUCCUUAUGACACUGAAAUUGAAAGCAUUGAAGGAAAGUUCACUAUCAUUGUAUUGCCAACACAAUCCGAUGUUUUGAGAGUCUUGACAAACUCACCAUGUGGAGUAUUCAUUAAGGAACAAUUGGUCUCUCCGUCUGCUCUCCCUGGACUGAUUAGACACGCUGCGCUUAACUACUCAAGACCAGUUUACUUGGCCCCAACAACUAAUCCAAUUAACAAAAGAAGUGAAUACAUCAGAUCUCUUAAUCUCUUCGUCGAUGUACAAAACCCAAGAGCGGAAGUCCACUCGAUGUUAUGUUCGGAAGUCAUGACAACGGUGACUUCAUCUAACUUGCAGUUCUGCCUUGAAAUAGUCAAGCCAGAAAAGAAAGAGAAGAAAGGUGACUUUUUGGCGAGAAAAGUUGUCCCUAAAGUGCAAAAGGUGCCAAUUAAUGAGGUGGAUGCAAAGAAGAAGAGCAAAGGGUUCAAAUUCAGUUUCUUCUCUAAGAAGAAAAAAGACGACAAAACGCCAAGAGGGGACAAACCAGAGUAA